CAGCAGACGGCGCCGGCGGCCACGAGAUAAGGGGGGGGGGAGCGAAAAGAAGCGCCGCUCCUCGCCGGCUGGGCGGGAGAAGGAAGCCCGAGCGGCUCCGUUGGGACGCAGCCCUCGCUCCCGUUCCUCUUGGAUGAACUUGUCCUUUCUGGGCUCCGCCAUGGAAUUCUGUUCGCUGCUUCUCGCCCCUCAGAGCCAAAGAAACUGGAGACCAGAGCUGCCCAUACGCAGCGUAUAGCAGUAACCCCCCCCACCCCACUCCCGCCUCCUCGCCGUAGUUUACAGUAUUUAAUUUUAUACAGUAUAUUAUUUAUUAUCGUAUUUUCAUACCUCACGUCCUGUUUACAUGUCCCGAGAAGUCGCUAAGUAAUCCUCCUGUCCGAAACCACUAAUUUAAAGGAAGAUGGAAUCGACGACGGUGCUGAUGACCGGCACGCUUGCUGCUAGGGCCCCCGGUCCGUUGUGGAUGCUCAUCCUGGGCUUCGUCAUCGCGUUCGUCUUGGCUUUCUCCGUCGGGGCCAACGACGUGGCCAACUCGUUCGGUACGGCCGUCGGCUCCGGGGUCGUGACCCUUCGCCAGGCCUGCGUCCUGGCCAGCGUCUUCGAGACCGUGGGCUCCGUCUUACUGGGGGCCAAAGUGAGCGAAACCAUUAGGAAAGGCUUGAUUGACGUGGACAUGUACAACUCGACCCAGGAGCUGAUGGCCGGCUCUGUCAGUGCCAUGUUUGGUUCCGCCGUGUGGCAGCUAGCCGCUUCGUUUUUGAAGCUUCCCAUAUCGGGUACCCAUUGUAUUGUUGGUGCGACCAUUGGUUUCUCCCUCGUGGCUAAAGGACAAGAAGGCGUCAAAUGGUCAGAGCUGCUAAAAAUUGUGUUGUCUUGGUUCAUCUCUCCUCUCCUUUCUGGAAUCAUGUCUGCAGUUUUGUUCUUCCUUGUCAGCACAUUUAUCCUUCACAAGGCUGAUCCCGUUCCCAAUGGCUUGCGAGCUUUGCCAGUCUUCUAUGCCUGCACAAUUGGAAUUAACCUCUUCUCCAUCAUGUACACUGGCGCCCCUUUGCUGGGCUUUGACAAACUUCCUCUGUGGGGUACCAUUCUCAUCUCGGUGGGAUGUGCAGUUGUCUGUGCCCUUUUCGUCUGGUUCUUUGUAUGUCCCAGGAUGAAGAAGAAAAUCGAGCGAGAAAUCAAAUGCAGCCCCUCUGAGAGUCCCCUGAUGGAGAAAAAGAGCAGUUUGAAAGAAGACCCCGAGGAAACCAAAUCAUCCCUCACUGCUGAGAAUCAGAGUUCCGUUUCUGCCGGGAGCUCUGUGGCCCUCCCUCUGCGGGCAGCCGUGGAAGAAAAAACCGUCUCUUUCAAGCUGGGAGACUUGGAGGAAGCUCCAGAGCGAGAGAGACUUUCAAGUGUCGACUUGAAAGAAACCAACAUAGAUGGUGCAAUGAAUGGUGCAGUUCAGCUGCCCAGCGGCAACCUCGUCCAGUUUAACCAAGCAGUCAGCAACCAGAUGAACUCCAGUGGCCAUUACCAGUACCAUACCGUUCACAAAGAUUCUGGUUUGUAUAAAGAGCUGCUCCACAAGCUACACCUGGCCAAAGUCGGAGACUGCAUGGGUGACUCUGGGGACAAACCCCUGAGGCGCAACAACAGCUACACUUCCUACACCAUGGCAAUUUGCGGCAUGCCUCUAGAUUCGUUCCGUGCCAAAGAAGGUGAGCCCAAGGGGGAGGAGAUGGAGAAGCUGACCUGGCCCACUGCGGACCCCAAAAAGAGAAUCCGUAUGGACAGUUACACCAGCUACUGCAACGCCGUGGCCGACAUCCACCCGGCAGCUGAUGUGGACGUGAGCGUGAAGGUGGAGAUGGGCCACGGAGACCGGAAGGGAAGCAACGGCUCCCUGGAAGAAUGGCAUGACCAGGAUAAACCCGAGGUGUCCCUCCUCUUCCAGUUCUUGCAGAUCCUCACGGCCUGUUUUGGGUCGUUUGCCCACGGGGGUAAUGAUGUCAGCAAUGCUAUCGGCCCGCUGGUUGCUCUCUACUUGGUCUAUGAAACCGGCGAUGUUGCUUCUAAAGCGGCCACCCCAAUUUGGUUGCUGCUCUACGGUGGUGUUGGUAUUUGCAUUGGCUUGUGGGUCUGGGGAAGGAGAGUGAUCCAGACCAUGGGGAAAGAUCUGACUCCAAUCACACCCUCAAGUGGCUUCAGCAUUGAGCUGGCAUCCGCGCUCACUGUGGUAAUUGCUUCAAAUGUCGGCCUUCCCAUCAGUACGACUCACUGUAAAGUGGGCUCCGUGGUCUCGGUCGGCUGGCUGCGCUCCAAGAAGGCCGUGGACUGGCGCCUCUUCCGCAACAUCUUCAUGGCCUGGUUUGUCACGGUGCCCAUCUCCGGAGUCAUCAGUGCUGCCAUCAUGGCCAUCUUCAAAUACGUCAUCUUGAAAAUGUGAUGCCAUUAACGCUAGGACCACACCUGCACAUUCCUAUCCCCCACAGAGUGGCUAACAGUGUUUGAGGGGACUCGAAAAAAUAGGUGUAUUUUUCAGAGUCCUCGAGUAGCAGGAGGAAGAGCAGUUUCCUUGUGCUAGAAGAGCUUAUUUGCUAAAUAUGACCCGUCUCCAAAUUAGCUGUAUAAUAGCUGAGUUUCCACUGAUAAUCAUUGAGGUUCCAUUUCCUUCUGGGCUGUGAAUUACUGUACAUAGUUCUACUUUUUAUCAGGCUUCAUUUCCAUUAUGUCUAAUGUUAUCGUUGGAAGAUGAUCCCUUACGAUGUCUUUCGCGGACUUUCAGGCUGGAUGAUGGCAAAGAAAUGGGGGUCAUUUGCUUUGCUAGAUUCACCAACCUUUGCUGAACUGCACAGGGGCCACCUAUUUUUUUUGUGUGUCUAUUUUUUUUUAUACUAAAGUCUCCCCAAGGUGGGGAUGGGGGAGUCCUGAGAGCUGCAACAUGUAUUCCGUGCGCGCGCCACUUCCAAGCAGCGACAGGUUCCCUGGUGUGAAAGUCCACUCCUGAAGGCAUUCUAGGGCCGGGGACAAUGAAGUGAGCUGCAAUCUGUCCAGCUUUGCCAACAUUUCUUUCAGUGAAUGUGUUGUUACUGCUGGGGCGGGGGAGGUAGGGGAAGGGGGAAGAAAAAAGGCCUUAUGGCAAUCUUGUGUCCUUUCUUAAUAUGUAAAAUCCUAGUUUUAAGCCCUAAUUUAGGAGGCGAGGGGAAAGGGAAUGGGAGAGCAAGGGCCUGGGGCAACUCCGUGGGCCAUAAAUGUGGUUCUGGUCUUGAGUUUCUCACCUGUCCGCAAGAUCGGUCCUUGGAAGGUGGGAACUGGUGCCAUCCCUCCCAUCCUUCCUUUCCCCUUGGCUCUUGUAGCUUAGUGAGGUGGGUGAAAGGAGCAGAGUGUAAAAUUCACACAUUAAAUGUGAGACAUUACAGCCUUCCGUGCUCAUCUGUCUACCUCUGAACAAAUAAAAAAGCCUACCUUUUCUAGAAACAA